GGGCGGCCGCGCGCUGCGCGCUCCAUUUCUGGCGCGUCUCCCAGCGCAGAGUUUAGCUGGGGCUCGGGUUCAGUUUUCCCUCCUCUCUCUCUUCCCGGCAGUGACAGCUUCUCCGGGCUCCGCCAGCCAGGGCUCCCGAGCAGCCAUGGAAGACACCACUUUGCAGAUCAUCGAACCCCCAACCGCCUCCGAGGCCUCAGAAGAGCAAGCGCCCGAGGAGCCCAUCAAAGCAGACCAGAUCAACGGGGUGAUGGUGCUGACCCUCCUGGACAAGAUCAUUGGAGCGGUGGAUCAGAUCCAGCUGACUCAAACGCAGCUAGAGGAGAGACAGCAAGAGAUGGACAGCGCCGUGACCAGCAUCCAGGGCGAGCUGACCAAGCUCACCAAGGCGCACACCACCACCAGCAACACCGUGAAUAAGAUGCUGGAAAAGGUGCGCAAGGUGAGCGUCAACGUGAAAACCGUCCGGCAGAACCUGGAGAAGCAAGCUGGGCAGAUAAAGAAGCUGGAGGCCAAUGAAGCGGAGCUCUUGAAGCGCAGGAACUUCAAAGUCAUGAUCUACCAGGAUGAGGUGAAGCUGCCUUCGAAGCUGAGCAUCAGCAAGUCCUUGACGGAGGGUGAGAAGCAGGAGAAGGAAGGAGAGGGUGAGGAGGUGCCUGCAGGUGAGGACCAUGCAGAAGAGGACCACAUCCAGCUCUCCUCGGACGAGGAGGUGGAGAUUGAAGAGAUUAUUGAGGAGUCACGGGCCGAGCGCAUCAAGAGGAGCGGCAUGAAGAGAGUGGAUGACUUCAAGAAGGCAUUCUCGAAGGAGAAGAUGGAGAAGACGAAGCUGAAGACCAAGGAAAACCUGGAGAAGACCCGCCACAACUUGGAGAAGACCCGCCACAACCUGGAGAAGAGGAUGAACAAGCUGGGCACCAAGAUUGUGACCAAUGAAAGGAGAGAGAAGAUGAAAACUUCUCGGGACAAGCUGAGAAAGUCUUUCACCCCUGACCACACCAUCUACGCCCGCUCCAAGACGGCGGUCUACAAGGUGCCGCCCUUCACCUUCCACGUCAAGAAAAUAAGAGAGGGGGCGGUGGAAGUGAAGGCCACGGAGCUGGUGGAGGUGGGCGGCGAGGAGGCGGAAAACUCGGAUCUGCUGCGCGGGGAGAGCCCCGAGAUGCACACGCUGCUGGAGAUCACGGAGGAGUCGGACGCGGUGCUGGUGGACAAGAGCGACAGUGAGUAGGAGCGGGCGCAGCGGGAAGGAUCGGACGGACGGCUGGACACGGAACCCUUCACGUUUGAGAUCUCUCUUCGCCCCGGCGCCUCGGCG